AUGGAGCAGAAAAUAAUAGUGAUAUACAGUACUUCAUUGUUUAAUAUUUUCAAGGUACCUCUGAACUCUUGGUGGCGCUUUUCACUAAGAGAACGUAUAAAUCUUCAAGACCUUGUGGCUGAUCCUUCUCCUCCAAACCCAUCAUCAGAGCACAUCCCUCCACCACCAACCCCAACUCAGCAAGAUGCAAACCACAUAAUUGAUGCAAAUAGUUUAGACAUGGUAGUCUCUAUUUUAUGGAAGGGUGAAAGAGGUGGACGGGAAAUAUGGGGACAACAUAGCAUUUAUCUGAAAAAUCUUGGAGAUGGUGUGAGCAUACCUAGCUCACCUCUGUGUCAAGCUGGAGAAGAGGAGAAACCCCCUAUAAGAAUCAUUCCAGAAACUUCCCUACAACCAUUGCAAUCCCCUCUUCCUCAAGCUUCCAAGCUAAAACACUUAGUCAAGAUCUCUGCUCAGUUUCCUAAAUGCUUGGAACAUGAUUUUAUUUCUAAUAGGUAAGUAAAUGAUAUCUUUUACAUUUACACCCUUAAAUGUACCAUAGGUUCUGUCUCCU